GUAGAAGAAUUUUAAUGAAUUUGGCGCAUUUUACGAAAGUCAGCGACGGGAAGCAACAGAGCGGGGUUUGAUCUUCUUCUUUGCUGAGAAUUCUAAUCGAGCUUUGGAAAUGGCGAUUUAACACUUUGAACUUUGAAAAAGGCGAUUUGAGUGAAACCAUCGGCAAAUACCUGUUUUAUCCUUUCAUCGAUUUGUUUCCAUGGCGGAUGAAGAUCCUGUUGAUCCAAAGAAGUACCUUGAGGAGAGUUGCAAACCUAAAUGUGUGAGACAAUUACUGCAAUACCAGGCAUGUGUUAAACGUAUCCAAGAAGAUGAUACUGGGCAUAAGCAUUGUACUGGACAAUAUUUUGAUUACUGGUCAUGCGUCGACAAAUGUGUUGCAACUAAGCUAUUUGAGAAGCUGAAAUGAGUUGAAGUCUUGAAGACAACUCGGUAUGUAAUGUUUCCAUCCAUUGUUGAAAUCGACAACUAAACGUCGCAUAUCGGGUGGUAAUUGAGAUUGCUCUCAAUGAAAUUUCUAUGCGAAUAAAACGAAUUCUCAGAUUUGACGAUUUUCUUUAGAAUAUUUUUGUGCAAACUCAUGAAAUAAUUGCUAUAUUUAAUUAUACACUUUUCAUAUUAAAGAGCUUUCUGUUCUUA